AUGAGCUUGGACAAUGAGGAUAAGCGGGCUCGCACGCGCUCCAAGGCCGUCCGAGUGCCCCCAGAGCCCACAGGUGCCGACCUCAGCUGCCCCACGCCAGGGUGCACCGGCUCAGGACACAUUCGGGGCAAGUACUCCAGGCACCGCAGUUUGCAGAGCUGCCCUCUGGCCAAGAAGAGGAAGCUGGAGGGUGCCCAGGCCGAGCACCUGGUGUCCAAGCGGAAGUCCCACCCCCUGAAGCUGGCUCUGGACGAGGGCUACAGCGUGGACACCGACGGCAGCGAGGAUGCCGAGGUGAAGGACGCCUCUGUUUCAGAUGAAUCGGAAGGAACUCUGGAGGAGGACGAGGCUGAAAUGUCAGGACAGGAGGAGAUUCAUCGUCCUGAGCCAGCUGAAGGAAGGAGCCCUGUCAAGUCCCACUUUGCAUCCAAGCCCAUCGGCAGCUCCGCGGGCCCCGCCAAGGGCAGCUACAGCAGCUACCAGGAGAUCAUUGCCACUUCUCUCCUAAACUUGGGCCAGAUCGCCGUAGAGACCCUCGUUGGGGAGGACCUGGGCCAGGGGGCCAAGCCGGGCCCCGCUGUGGUGCACCUGCUUCAGGAAGAGGCCGAGGAAGAGGCCACCAGUGACGAGGGGGAGAAGGACGUGUUCAUCCGCCCAGACGACACAGAGGACGUCGUGGAAGUCAGCAGGGAGUGCUCCCAGGAGCCGGGGCCCCAGUCUGUGGAGGGUGUGGCCAGGGAGGAGUCCAGCAAGAUGAAAGUUGCCCUGGUUAAUGAGGAGGAAGAAGAGGAGGAGGAGGAGGAGGAGGAGGAGGAAGAGGAGGAGGAGGAGGAGGAAGAGGAGGAGGAUGAAGAGGAGGAGGAGGAAGAUGAAGAGGAGGAGGAGGAAGACGAGGAGGAGGAGGAGGUCCCUGUUCCUGAUGUCAUCUGCCAGGAGGAUGCCCCCCAUGCCCCCACCCAGAAGGCCCCUGAACUCCGGCACCCAGCAUCUCCCAGCCCCAAGCCCGAGUACUCCGUCAUAGUAGAGGUGCGUUCUGACGACGGCAAGGAUGAAGACUCACGCUCCCAGAAGUCUGCGGUCACGGACGAGUCGGAGAUGUAUGACAUGAUGACGCGGGGGAACCUGGGUCUCCUGGAGCAGGCCAUCGCCCUGAAGGCCGAGCAGGUGCAAGCCGUCUGUGAGCCGGGCUGCCCACCCACCGAGCAAGGCCAGCUGGGCCCCGGAGAACCAGGGAAGGCGGCCAGGCCCCUGGAUGCCUCACGGAAGAACUAUUGCAGCAAAGAUCCCUCAAGAGCUGAGAAGCGUGAGAUCAAGUGUCCAACGCCAGGCUGUGACGGCACCGGCCAUGUUACGGGGCUGUACCCUCACCACCGCAGCCUGUCUGGGUGCCCCCACAAGGACAGGAUCCCCCCGAGAGUGAUCUUGGCCAUGCACGAGAACGUGCUGAAGUGCCCUACUCCGGGCUGUACGGGCCAAGGCCACGUGAACAGCAACCGCAACACGCACAGAAGUUUGUCUGGGUGUCCCAUUGCUGCUGCUGAAAAAUUAGCCAAAUCUCAUGAGAAGCAACAGCCGCAAACGGGAGAUCCUUCCAAGAAUAGCUCCAAUUCAGAUCGGAUCCUCAGGCCUAUGUGCUUCGUGAAGCAGCUUGAGGUUCCUCCGUAUGGAAGCUACCGGCCUAGUGUGGCCCCUGCCACACCCAGGGCCAACCUGGCCAAGGAGCUGGAGAAGUUCUCCAAGGUCACCUUUGACUACGCAAGUUUUGACGCUCAGGUUUUUGGCAAACGCAUGCUUGCCCCAAAGAUUCAGACCAGCGAAACCUCACCUAAAGCCUUUAAAUGCUUUGACUACGCGCACGAUGCCGAGGCCGCGCACAUGGCCGCCACAGCCAUCCUGAACCUCUCCACGCGCUGCUGGGAAAUGCCCGAGAACCUCAGCACGAAGCCACAGGACCUGCCCAGCAAGGCUGCGGACAUAGAGGUGGAUGAAAACGGAACCCUGGACUUGAGCAUGCAUAAACACCGCAAACGAGAAAGCGCUUUCCCCAGCAGCAGCAGCAGCAGCAGCAGCCCUGGUGUCAAGUCGCCCGAGGCCUCCCAGCGCCAGAGCAGCACCAGCGCCCCCAGCAGCUCCAUGACCUCGCCCCAGUCCAGCCAGGCUUCCCGCCAGGAUGAGUGGGAUCGACCUCUGGACUAUACCAAGCCCAGUCGCCAACGAGAAGAGGAACCCGAGGAGUCAGAGCCAGCAGCCCAUUCUUUUGCUUCUUCUGAAGCAGAUGACCAGGAAGUGUCGGAAGAGAGUUUUGAGGAGCGGAAGUACCCCGGGGAAGUUACCCUGACCAACUUUAAGAUGAAGUUCCUCUCCAAGGACAUAAAGAAGGAGCUGCUCACCUGCCCCACCCCCGGCUGUGACGGCAGCGGCCACAUCACCGGGAACUAUGCCUCUCACCGCAGCCUCUCUGGUUGCCCUCUUGCUGACAAGAGCCUCAGAAACCUCAUGGCUGCCCAUUCUGCUGACCUCAAGUGCCCCACGCCCGGCUGUGACGGCUCUGGCCAUAUAACGGGGAACUACGCCUCCCACAGAAGCUUGUCAGGCUGCCCUCGUGCCAAGAAAAGUGGAGCCAGGGUGACACCCACAAAGGAUGAUAAGGAAGAUCCUGAGCUGAUGAAGUGCCCUGUUCCAGGCUGCGUGGGGCUCGGUCACAUCAGCGGCAAAUACGCUUCACACAGAAGCGCAUCUGGCUGCCCACUGGCCGCUCGGCGGCAGAAAGAGGGCUCGCUUAACGGCUCACCCUUUUCCUGGAAAUCGCUGAAGAAUGAGGGGCCCACCUGUCCCACCCCGGGCUGUGACGGCUCCGGCCACGCCAACGGCAGCUUCCUCACCCACAGGAGCUUAUCUGGCUGUCCCAGAGCAACCUUUGCUGGAAAGAAGGGAAAAGUCUCAGGGGAUGAGGUUCUCAGCACCAAGUUCAAGACAAGUGAUGUGUUGGAGAACGACGAGGAGAUCAAGCAGCUGAACCAGGAGAUUCGCGACCUGAACGAGUCCAACUCUGAGAUGGAGGCCGCCAUGGUGCAGCUGCAGUCCCAGAUCUCCUCCAUGGAGAAGAGCCUGAAGAAUAUCGAGGAGGAGAACAAGCUCAUCGAGGAGCAGAAUGAAGCCCUGUUUCUGGAGCUGUCGGGCCUCAGCCAAGCCCUCAUCCAAAGUCUCGCCAACAUCCGCCUUCCGCACAUGGAGCCAAUAUGUGAGCAGAACUUCGAUGCCUACGUGAGCACCCUCACCGACAUGUACUCCAACCAGGAGUGCUACCAGAACCCCGAGAACAAGGACCUCCUGGAGAGCAUCAAACGGGCUGUGAGGGGCAUCCAGGUCUAG